UAACUGAGUAAAAUAAUGAUGAAUAAUGUAUAUGACAUGAAACAACUUAACUAUAAAUUCCUAUUUCAGGUAAGACGUCAUAGGUUACUGUGAUUUCUCAUGUCCUGGCUGUAUUGACUCCAUGCCCCAGCUUUAAUUAUUAUUUUUAGUUAGAUUAGAUGUCACAUAAAUACGAUGCUUCUUGAAGAACAGUCAACAAAAAUAAAUGUUUUUCCUUGUCUCUUAGUGCGCCUCAGAAGAAUUGCCAUCAUUGGACAAACUGGAGCAGGAAGAAGCAGCCUUGGAAACACCAUAUUUAAAGAGCAGAAGUUUAAAGUCAAUCACGACGGGGAUCCUGGGAUGAGAGGGUGUGAAGCAAAGACCAAACGUGUUGGUGGGAGAGAAAUCACUCUGAUCGAUAUGCCUGGAUUAUUUGAUCCAGAGACAGAUGAGAAACAGCUGAAGGCUGAGUUACUGAAAGGAAUCACAGAGUGUUCGCCUGGGCCUCACGCUUUCCUCAUCGUGCUCAACGUGGAGAAAUCUACAGAGAAAGACAACGACAUCGUCAGCAAAAUGAAUGAACACUUCUCAGAGGAAGUGUUUAAAUACUCAACUGUUGUCUUUACUCACGGUGAUUGGCUCCCAAGACGGCAACAAAUCCAAGGGUUAGUGAGGGAAAACAAGUUCCUUAGCGAUUUAGUGGAAAAGUGUGGAAAUCGAUGCCACGUCGUUGACAACAAACGUUGGAACAAGCGAUCAAAGUACGGCUACAGAAGCAACCGGUAUCAGGUGAAGAAACUGCUCAAGUCAAUAGAGAAGACAGUGGAAGAAAAUGACGGAAGCUUCAAUGCCAUGCUGCAAAAAAUAGAGGAGACUAUUAAAAAAGAAGAAGAACGCAUCGCAAAGUCUUCCAGAAACAUACCAGAGGAAAAAAUCAGAGAGACGGCUAAAGGAAAGUGUUCAGGCUAA